AUGACUCUGUUUUCUGUCCUGGCAUUUGCCGCCGUUGCGAGUGCUAGUUGGAUUGUCCCCGGUGCGCGAUGGCACGACACCGAAGGGAAUUUGUUCAAUGCCCAUGCAGGCGGUCUAUGCGUCGAUCGCGACAGUGGCAAGUUUUACUGGUUCGGUGAACACAAGACUGAAGAGCAGGAGGAGGGUGGUGGUGUUUCGGUUUACAGCUCUGAUGACCUUGCGACUUGGGAGUCUCAUGGUUUAGCGUUGACUCCUGAGAAGGGUCACGAACAUAUUUCUCCUGAGAGCAUCAUUCAGCGUCCCAAGGUUCUCUACAGUGAGGAAACAGGCAAAUACCACAUGUGGUGGCACGCCGACGAUAAAAAAUACAGUCUUCUUCUACAAGGCCUCGCCACCUCGGACGACAUCGCCGGACCGUACAAGUUCAAUCACGCCAUCGCCCCCCUUGGAAACUGGUCGCAAGACUUCGGCGCCUUCACAGACUACAAGUCCGGUCGAUCCUACGCGCUCUACUCCAACGGCGAUCGCGUGGAAGGACGCGAUGUCUACGUCAGCGAGUUCAACAGCAACCUCACUGAUAUCAAAAAGGUGACGCAUCGGUUUGACAAGUAUGAUUUCGAGGCACCUACCAUUAUCCAGACCGAGAAGAGCUACUGGACUUUAAUGAGUCACAAGACUGGCUACAGACCUAACAAUGUCGUGGCUAUGAGAGCUGAUAAAUUGGAGGGACCGUGGUCUCAGCCUUUCUUUGUCGCCCCAGCGUAUACUCGUACUUUCAGCACCCAGUCUGGUUUCUCCUGGAGGAUUAAUGGCACCAAGAAGACCACUUACCUGUACAUGGCCGAUCAGUGGGAUUUGCCGUCUAUCUGGGAGAGCCGAAACGUUUGGCUUCCCAUUGAGAUUGACGAGGAGAACAAGAGCCUUGAAGUUGUUUGGCACGAUAUUUACGAUUUGAAUGUUAAGACUGGCGAAUGGAAGCCCAUCAAGGGAAAGACGUACCCUUCCAAGAAUGCCAAGUUGGCUGGCAAUGCCCACCUCCAAGAAGCUACCUUUGGAACAGAUCAUGUUAUCGCAACUGGUAUUUCCGGCAACGACAGUACCGCCACCUUCACAGUCGAAGGAAAAGGCGCAGAUCAAUGGGUCUCCUUCUACCACCAAAACAUCGACGAUAUGGGUUUCGGAGACCAACCAAUGGGCUCACCCGAUCGCAUCAACGGAACUUGGGCCAUUCGUCGCAUCAGCAGUGUGGUCGUCAACGGAGAUAAGGAGAAUGUCCACACUCUGUACCAGAAGGACACUCACAAGGGUAUCAUUCUAUCUACGCCUCUGCUUCUUCCGCUCAAGAAGGGUAAGAACACUAUCACUGUUGGUGGUCUUAAGAAUGGCAAGGGUGUCAAGGGUGCGGAUCUGGAUAGGAUUGUGGUAUAUCCCCCAGAGAAGAAGAAGGGGAAGCGGGGAUUCUUUGGACUUUUUUAG